AUGGUGUGCUUCAAGACUCUGGCUCUGGCCCUUGGCCUCGGCCUCCUGCUCGAGGUGUUGCCUACUGUGGCCUCGCCUCAUGUAGCUCGCCGAGAGCUCACAAACCGUUCCUCUUGUCCGAUGGCAACUAGCCACCUGGAAAAUGCGGUUCAGCCCAAGAGCGACCCGUGGUACCUGACCACGCCCGCAGACCUUGAUGCUGCAACGCCCGGCACAAUCUUUCGUGCUCGCCCAGCGCCUGGUAAUUUGGCAUCUCGGGUUGCCAACAGCUCAGCGGCGUACAACAUCCUCUUUCGUACGACUGACAGUCAGCAAACGGCGACAUAUGCUGUCGCCACAGUCUUCCUACCUCAGAAGCCGCUAGCCGACACAACUCUGCUCUCGAUCCAAUUGGCAUACGAUACAGUUGACCUUAACCAGUCUCCCUCCUAUGUCAUGUAUUCAUAUAGCGCGGACCAGCUCUCUGAUAUUACUUGGGCCCUUGGCCGUGGGUGGGUUGUCAUCACCGGAGACUAUGAGGGCCCUCUUGCCUCCUUUGGGGCGGGCAGGAUGUCAGGUAGCGCAGUGUUGGACGGUGUUCGUGCUGUGCUCUCGUCGAGCUGCGGUGCUGAAUUCGGCAUGCCGGCCGAUCCUGGCAAGGUCCGCUAUGCCCUCUGGGGAUACUCCGGCGGCGGCCUCGCCACCGAGGCGGCGACAGAGCUCCAGCUCAAAUACGCACCGGAACUCAAAUUUCUUGGAGCAGCUAUGGGCGGCCUCACACCCAAUGCAACCUCAGUUAUUGCUACUGUCAAUAAGGGUCUGUAUGCUGCCAUCAUCCCGGGUUACCUUAUCGGCUCAACCAGCCAGUUUCCUGACGCGCGUGCCUAUCUCCUCAGCCGCCUUAAGCCGUAUGGCCUCCAGAGCAAGGACUUGUUUAUGUCAAUGGUGGAGACUGGCACCGAAAUUGGCAUCAUCACAUUUGCCUUUCAGGAUAUGUCCUCCUACUUCAUCGGCGGCUUUGCGGACCUUGACGCACCGAUCAUGCAGCGUGUACGGGAGAGCGACGGACAGAUGGGCACCCAUGGCGUGCCACAGAUGCAGGUGUUUUGCUACAAGGCCAUUCAUGAUGAGUUGAGCCCUGUCGCGGAUACGGACGCGCUGAUCAAUAAGUACUGUAAGAUGGGAGCCAACAUUCUAUAUCAGAGAGACACUGUCAACAACCACUUUGAUGAGUUCAACUCUGGGCAGCCUCGUGCCCGUAGCUGGCUCAUUGGUGUCCUGGAACAAGGGCAUGUACAGGUUGGAUGCACGAUUCAGAAUGUUACUGACCCUUAUUAUGUAUUUCAUCUCUAG